GAGGCUCACGGGGCUGGUAGAGAUUCUGCUUGCAGGCAAGCCCUUGCUCAAACAAGCAGCGCCCCUCACGGUCAAUCAAGUCCUCCUCAUUCACAAGGCUCUCAAUGAUGUUAACAAACAUCCAUACGACCGUGCCUUCAGUGCUUAUUGCUUGAUUGCACUUUAUGGGAGAUGUCGCCAUUCGGACUUGCAGUGUAUUCAUUCUGUGAAGCUUGACGUUGGCCGAGGGUGCAGCUUUCUGGAGAUCACAACAUCAAACCACAAGACCGGACGCAGUGCAGAGAAAAAGUCAAAACUUCUGCCGAUUUUGAUUCCUGGCAUCGGCGUCAAUGGCGAACAAUGGCUGGCUCUGGCGUGCAAAGCCCUUGAAGCAGUCGGAGCCCCCGUGGACAACAUUGACGAAGGUCCUUUGCUGCCAGCGCCUGAUCGUGAGCCGGGGUCAUUGUUACAAAGAGGCCUGACAUCCUCAGAGACCACGGGCAUGCUUAGAGCAGUCACGCACUCGCUCGAUCAGCUUAAUGGUGAUGGCAGACUUGAAAUCUCGUCGCACUCAUUGAAAUCGACCACGCUGUCCUGGUGUGCAAAAUAUGGCCUAUCAGGAACGACGAGGUUCUUGCCGGAUGCGCCAGGAAGAGAUUUCUUUCCGACAUUCCCUCCGACACCGCCUAUCCAGAGGCAUGUCAUGAGCCAAGGUGUAUUGGGCCCAGUCGAAGUUGAGUGCAAGCAAGAAGAUCACCCAAGCGAGGUUGUGGAGGGUGAAAUUAUUGUCAGCUCGGAUGAAUCCGACUCGUCAUCGUCUAGUGACGCUGAAAGCUCUGCUUCCAGUGCGAUUGAGGUCAACCGAAUCGAGUGCCUGGAAUGUUAUCUGCAAGAUGUGCGCCAGGAAGAUGUGAAAAAAGGUGUCCUUCAUCCUCAUGCCAUUGCCGAGCAGAUCCACACCGAAGACUGUAGUUCACUGCAGUCCAGCUGGCAAGACCUUCCCCCUGGCGCCAAAUAUUUGAAACAAACACCAGUACGGACAAACGGGGGGGAUAUGGCUGAUAUGGAUGACAACGUUCCUCAGAAAGACAUGGCCUUCGGGAUUUAUCACACCCCUGAAGAAUUUGUUGAAGAAGCGGUGAAAGCUGGUCACCAAUCCCAGUGGAGCGCUGUCCUGCCAUGCGCUCUUGAAGAAGUUAUCGAGUGGAACUUGAGGAGCACCCCAAAACAGCUGUGCCAAACCAUGCUCCAGACCCUCUCGGAAUGGUCCGCCCUUGCCAAAGAUCUGCAGAAAGAAGAGCGAAACAUUCACGCAGCCCUUCCAGAUCAUGCCAGAGUUAUUUUGCAAGGGAAACGAAUCCUUCUUUGGAAAACCCUUUUGGAGCGCUACAACUACGACGACAUGGAAGUGGUCGAUGAGCUCUUGAAGGGAGUUGAUCUUGUGGGCUCUGUGGGCCAAGUUCCAUCGAUGACAUCGGCCUUCAAGCCAGCCACCAAAUCUGUCGGUGAACUGAGAGAAGGUGCCAAGGCAUCCAGGGAUGCGACACUGGCCGGCAUGAGAAGCACCAACAAGCCCCGGUUUGUUUUUACUGAUGCCAGCUUCGAACCUUCCGAUGCAUCUUGGCCGGCUGGCGUGGGAGGGGUCUUGUAUGAUGAGAAUGGCAAAGCCCUGCGACACUUCUCAUACUGCCUCGACAAAAAUGAUCUGGCAGUUCUAGGCUUCCCGGAACACAAGCAGACUGUGAUUUUUGAAGCGGAGCUCAUUGCAGUCAUCGUUGCAGUCAAACUUUGGAAGAACGACUUGUUGGACAGACCUGUUGUGAUCUUUGUUGACAACAACAGUGCAAGAGAUGUUGCAGUUUCUGGAUCGGCGAGAACCGUAACACCUCUGAAACUCGUCAACCUUUUGCUCACACUGGAGGAUGAGCUCUCCAUCAUCCCUUGGUAUGCUAGAGUGCCUUCCAAGUCGAACCCUGCAGAUGAGCCAUCCAGAAGUGACAAAGAGAUCGAAUCCCUUGGACAAAGAGCUGUGAAGAGUGAGGUUGAAGCUGCGGUCCAGUUCAUUCUUUCAUGCAUCAAUUAA